AGUAGUAACGAUUUUACUUGACUAAGGCCGUACAGAAAUGAUAUAUAGUACCUGAAUAGUGUCUCCACGUGUUAAGUAACUGUUGAGGGAUGACGUAACUUCCGGGUAACCUAUGGCAGUGUUUAGAUGUUAUGAGCUUUUCAAUGCAUGCCCGGUGAAGUCAAGCCUCGGAUGGUGGUUCUCUACGGCUCUCAGAAAGGUCAAGCUCAGUCCUUAGCGGAAGGGAUCGCUGAAGAGGCAGAGGUGCAUGAACUCCUUGCUGAGCUCAGUUGCUUCAAUGAAAAGGAAAAGUACAAUCUGGAGAAGGAGAAGUCUCCUGUGGUCUUCAUUGUGUCCACCACUGGAGACGGGGAGCCACCCGACAACACCCUGCAAUUUGUCAAGCAUAUCAAGAAGAAGACCCACCCCUGUGAUUACUUAAAACACCUCAACUAUGCACUUUUAGCUUUAGGAGACACAAAUUAUGCAAACUUUUGCAACUGUGGCAAGACUAUCGAGAGGCGUCUACAGGAACUUGGGGCACAACAAUUCUAUGCAACGGGAUAUGCAGAUGACGGUGUAGGGCUGGAAGUGGUCGUGGAUCCUUGGCUUGAAGGACUGUGGAAAGCCGUCAAAGCAGCCAUAUCCAAUAUGGCGUCUGAUUGGAGCGUUAAAGAGGAUUCAGUCCAUAAAACCCUGGAUUCUUCUGUACCAGAUGUCCAACUAAACCUCCUAAGUCUCACUAACCACCAGACUCCUGAAGUUUCCACUGAACCGGAUCCCAAAUGUGCCCCUGCGGAAUGUAAUGUUGGUCCAGUGUCUCCCUCAGAGAGUUCUAAGGUGGCACCCAAAGGUGUCAGUUUAAUAACAACAACAGGACCAGAGACACAAAACAAGCAUCCUGGAUCUUCUCCUGCACCUUCACUGACCCGCUCUGGGACCCAUCUGUCUGAUUUAUCUCUAAAUGUUCCUGCUUUGCCCCCGUCUUUCUUGGACGUGUCUCUGCAGGAAGUCAUUCCUGCCGAAGGAGAGAUUUCUGCACCAUUAAAUCAAGACAUUCUGUAUGAAGUACCCAUAUCCAUGGCAAUUCAUUUGACAACAGGAGAGUCCGUCAAGACCGCCAUCCUUAUGCAACUGGACAUCUCUGCUUACCCGACGUUGACCUAUCAGCCAGGGGAUUCGUUUGAUGUUUUCUGCCCAAAUAGAGCCUCUGAGGUUGAGCGAUUGCUCUGCAGAUUGGGCCUCGAGGAUCAGAAGAAUCAUAAAGUCCAUGUUUCUAUACUUGAAAAAAACAAGAAAAAAGGUGCUCAGUUGCCGUCCUACAUCCCUCAGAACAUUUCACUGGUCUACAUGCUCACAUGGUGUUUGGAGAUUAGAAGUGUUCCCAAGAAGGCCUUCUUACGAGCCCUGGCUGAACAUACCGUGGACAGCGUGCAAAAAAGGAGACUGCAGGAGCUCUGUAGCAAACAAGGUGCUGCAGAUUACAACCAGUAUGUGAGAGAGUCUAACCUCUGCCUUUUGGAGCUUCUGGACGCCUUUCCAUCAUGCUCGCCACCUCUCGGACUCCUAAUAGAGCAUCUCCCCAAGCUGCAGCCGAGGCCGUAUUCAGCCGCCAGCUCCUGCCUUCAGCAGCCAGGAAAGCUGAAUUUCGUGUUUAGUGUAGUGGAAUUCCCAGCGUGCUCUUGGCGGCCUGUGGGGAGACAAGGCUUGUGUAGCGGUUGGCUUUCUGACCUCGUCAACCCUGUCCAGGUUCUCCCUGACAAGCCGGAACUACUGUGCGGCACGGUUCCGCCAAAGGUCUAUGUGAGUUUGAGACCCAACUGCUCCUUUCGACUUCCACCUGACCCAUCAGUUCCUCUCAUAAUGGUCGGGCCUGGCACCGGAGUCGCACCCUUCAUUGGUUUCCUGCAGCAAAGAGAAAAGGAAAGGCAGCAGAAGGCAGACGCAGCGUUUGGCGAGACCUGGUUGUUUUUUGGCUGCCGCUACAAAGACCAAGACUACCUGUUCAGAGAAGAACUGGAGGGCUUUGUGUCCAGUGGUACCUUGAACCACCUGAAGGUAUGUUUCUCCAGAGAUGAGACAAAGGAGGAAGAGGCCAGAAUCUCAGGAGGACCACCAAGAUAUGUCCAACACAACCUGCUGCUCCAUAGCCAUGACAUCAUCAACAUCCUGCUUAAGGGCAACGGUUGCCUCUAUGUUUGUGGGGACGCAAAGAACAUGGCUAAAGAUGUGAACGACACCCUCAUGGAGAUGAUCAAGGCGGAGCUCCAGGUGGACCAACUGGACGCCAUGAAGCGACUGGCCACGCUACGAGAGGAGAAACGCUACUUGCAGGACAUCUGGGGAUGAUUGAUUUUUUUUACAUUUUCAACUUGUUGUGCUGUUAUCUUCUGAGCUAUGGGUGCCUGCAGGGAACGUUUACUACCCGUUGCUUCAGCGAUAGACUGCCCCGCGCUGACUUGAGGAUAUAGCUUCUUUACAUCAUUUCAGACUUUGCUGUUUUUAGCAGCAAGGACCUUGGCGAGAGGGCAAUGGUGCCGCUUAUUGGUCCUCGUGGUGGGAAAAUGCUUUUAGUGUUAGCAAGAACCUCGACGUUUGUCCUGCCAGGCAAAGCAUUUAAGUCAGCUUUGAUUGAGGGAUUUCAAUGAGACUCUACCUUUCUGGAUACACAACUCAGUCAUUUGCGAUUACACACACACACACACACACACACACACACACACACACACACACACACAUGAAAGAAUGUGCAUUCUCACAGACAAAAGUAAAUAGUUUGCUUUUGAAUCUGUAAAAGCCACUGCCACCUUUGCAAAGAACUUCUGAAGGCCACAAAUAACUCAAUUUUCUUUCAUUCUAAUUCAGGUAUCAUGAAUAGUAGAGUUUUAUUUUUUUUUAAAUCGGGGACAAGCGGUAGAAAUUGGAUGGAUGGAUGGGUUCUGGAAUAAUGCAAUUAAGCUUUUCUUGACGAGAGAAUAUCCAUUUGAUUAAUUAUGAUACUGUGUGAAGUUCAAAGCAAGCAUACCGUACUUUCCGGACUAUCGAGCGCCCCGGUAUUUAAGCCGCACCCACCAAAUUUUAGAAGAAAUUAAUAUUUUUACAUAUAUUAGCCGCACUAGACUAUAAAUCGCAGAUAUAUACGUUGUGAAAUGAGAUAUUUUGUUUAUAAUUGUUUCCAAGCGAUGCCUGUCACACAGCAGUAAAACGGCUGAUCAAACAAAACAGGAGUCAUCGUCAUGGACCUACUCGCUGCUGAAGCUCGCCCUUCAAUCAGCUGAACAGACUCAAUAAGUUCACGUGACAUUUUGGUGAAUUUACGAAACUGAAACAAUACAUACAAUAAUGCUAUUGUAUGUGCAUAAUUCUAACAGAAACUUGUAAACGUGUUAGCAUAUUUGCUAAUGCUAACUAGAUUACAUUACAAUACCACGUACAAUUAUCAUGAAAACACUCCAACAGACAACACAUGGAGCGGUUUCGUAAGUAUAAUUGUUUAGUUAUGUAUAUUGUAAAAUUACAAACGUUGCUUGGAGUUAUGAAUGAAGAAUCCUUUCGAGAAAAAACGCUAUGGAUGGUCAUACUUCCGGUUCAAGGCACAAAACAGAAAGCACAUUUUCAACCCACAGCACCUGCAGUGAGCGAACUUGUCCAAAAAUGGCGCCAUGGUACACACAAAAACAGCUUUUCAGUGUCUCUGUUGGUGUAAUAUGAAAACUAUUUGUUGAAUACAUAAGAUGGCCAUUAGCUGCACCGUUUUAUAAGCCGCAGGGUUCAAAGUGAAGCGGGUUAGAGUCCGGAAAAUACGGUAUAUGGCAUGUUGAAUCACAAAAUCCAAGUAAUUUGUUUUGGCCUUCCCGUGUGCACAAAGGCCAGCGAACUUGACAAUCCCACACACACGGUGCCUUCAUGGCUUCAGAUUUCAUCAGAUUUUUUUUGGGGGGGGGGGCUUCCCAACAAAUCCUGAGGCGGUAACUUGACAGUACAAGGUGUGUUUGCUGUUCAUUGAAGACUUUUUGUAGCCUCACAGGGAGAGAGGCUUCCUCCGAAUUAAAUCUUCCA